GUAUCACCAUUGUUUAUUUCCUGGUGUCAGGUGGGUUUUACAUUGGCUGUGAUUUGCAUGCAAGCGCCUGUGCAGAGGCUGUGGAGUGGGGAAGUUUCAGAGAAUGAGGUGAAAGGCAUUGAAAUUAAACGGACAAUAUGGCAGGCAAAGAGUUUGAUGUGAAAUACAAAGUUCUUCUCAUAGGAAAUUCUGGAGUUGGCAAAACCGCUUUAAUUCGUGCUUUGACCCAAGAAGAGUUCAGUAUGGAAAUGCUGCCCACUAUUGGGAUUGAUUUUGUGAAGAAAAUUUUCCAUGUAGAUGGUGCUAAUGUUCAAUUAGAAAUAUGGGACACUGCAGGCCAGGAAAGAUUCAGAACUAUCACUAAGUUUCAGUAUAGGGGAACAAAGGGUAUCUUGUUAGUAUAUGAUGUCACUGAUGUCAGCAGUUUUAACAAUUUAACUUAUUGGUUGCAAAGUAUAGAUGAGGAGAUAAGACCAGAUCAUCCCACUGAGUCCAUUCCAGUGUACAUUAUUGGUAAUAAAUGUGAUUUAGAACAGCAAAGACAAAUUAGUAAGAGAGAUGGAAAAAAGAAAGCCCAAGAAACUCUGGUCAGAGGAUUUAUGGAGACAAGUGCCAAAAAUAACAUAAACAUACAAGAGGCCUUCUAUGAACUCGCACAUGCCUUGUUGGACACCUAUAAUCCUAAAUUAAUGACAAGCUACUUGAAUCCAGUGGAUCGCAAAGAGAAGAAAGGAUCAAAACAAAGAAUUUCACAAUUGACAUCAAGUUCUUCUGAAUAUGAUCAAACGUCAUCACGUAGCAAAAAAAUCAAACUCAAGAAAAAAGACAAACCUCGUUCUUCUUGCUGCCAUCGUUCAUAAGAUCAUUAUAUCUAGUCACAUACAUAUUUGGUUCAAAUGUGUACAUUAUUGGGCAUGAAGUUAUUCUGGCAUAGUUCAGGAUAUUCUGUUCCUCUUGAGGAAUUUGAUAUUCACUGCACAGCCAUACAGCUGAUUUCAAGGUUUUUAGUGAGGGUUUUUAUAAUGCCAUAUACUUUCCAUGAGUAUCAAGAAGGCUUGUGGUGCAUUAACUGCUGAUAGUGUCAUUGGCAUUGCUUCAUGUUUCAAAAGCCAUACCAUGGAUUAAGCCAUUUUUAACACAACGGCUAAAUGUUAUUUUUGAUAAGGUGGAGAGUUAUUCAGAUUUUUGGAUAAGACUUUACAUGUUGAAAGUACAACAUAUAUGACCACUGAAUUAUCAAGAAUAUUUAAUCUGAUGAUAUUAUUAUAACUAGUCUUAUUCAUUUAUAAUCUUUUUCCAGAAUGCUAUUUAGUAAAAAGCAUUAGUUUAGGCACCCAAGACAGACUUCCAGCAUGGAAUAAAGGGUAUAUAUCAGAUCUGGUCAUUUAAAUUAAUGUCUUUACUCUUAUUAUUACUGUACCUCAGUUUAUUCAUUCUACAAUUAAUUUGGUGCCCAAAGUGUGUAAAGACAAAUGUGUAAAUGAUAAUUUUUACAAUUCAAAGGUCACAUAUAUUUAUUGAUUUUUACCAAAUUAUUUUGGCAAAUAAUUUUUGCAUUUUCUGUUCCAUUUUUAAAUUCAGGGAGAGGGAGACAUUUUCCAGUUUUAUGUAUGAAAAGGCACUGCAGAAUAAUCUGAGUUAGUUUAAAUUUUGGUAGGGUACAUGUUAUAUAUAUGGUAUUGAAGAUGCUAAUUCUACAAUGUUUUAACUGUGCAUAUUGUGGGUUGUGAUUGUCAUUACUAUAAUCUUUAAUCAAGAUAUUGAAAAUAUAUUCAUAAUGUGCUGUCUCAUUGCUGAAACAAAUAGACCAACAGGUGCUACUGACAACGAAGUGCAAUCAGUGUAGUAUUACAGAGAGGGACCACUGCUAAUUAUUACUUAUAAAUAAUUGUUAGCCUUUUAUAGAUUAUUUAACUACAAUAAAAUAUUUAAUGUUAAAA